GGGGCCACGAGGCUUAGAAAAGAGCCGAAAGCUUGAGGGGCGGAACCACUUCCACAAGGCGGAAGUGUCGGCGUUCGGGUGGCGGAAGAGGUCCGAGGAUUUCCAGAAAGAGCCGAAGCAGCUCCGACAGUUCCCGGAGAGAGACGAGGGGUUCCGAGCGGCGGCGCGGGGACGCAAACAUGGCGGCGGCCGGCGCUGCUGUUCCUGCUGCCGAACCGAAUGAGGAACCCGCGCCCGCGACGGAAGCGGUGGCCGCGGCCCGGGAGCGGAGCAGUCUCUUCUUGAGGGGCCUGGAGCUGGUGAAGCAGGGUGCCGAGGCGCGCGUGUUCCGCGGCCGCUUCCAAGGCCGCGCGGCCGUGGUGAAGCACCGCUUCCCCAAGGGCUACCGGCACCCGGCGCUGGAGGCGCGGCUCGGCCGGCGACGGACGGUGCAGGAGGCCCGGGCGCUGCUCCGCUGCCGCCGCGCAGGGAUAUGUGCCCCGGUUGUCUUUUUUGUGGACUAUGCUUCCAACUGUUUAUUCAUGGAAGAAAUUGAAGGCUCAGUGACUGUUCGAGAUUAUAUAGAAUCCACUAUGGAGACUGAAAACUCUCCCCAGAGUCUCCUCGGCUUAGCCAAGAAAAUCGGGCAGGUUUUGGCUCGCAUGCACGACGAAGACCUCAUUCACGGUGAUCUCACCACGUCCAACAUGCUCCUGAAACCCCCGCUGGAAGAACUGAACAUCGUGCUCAUAGACUUUGGGCUGAGUUUCAUUUCAGCACUUCCAGAAGAUAAGGGAGUGGACCUGUACGUGCUAGAGAAAGCCUUCCUCAGUACCCAUCCCAACACCGAGACUGUAUUUGAAGCCUUUCUAAAGAGCUAUGCCGCCGCCUCCAAAAAGGCCAGGCCAGUGCUAAAAAAAUUAGAUGAGGUGCGCCUGCGAGGGAGAAAGAGGUCCAUGGUUGGGUAGAAGAACGUGCGUGACGACCACAGACAGUUCAGCCACUCACCUCACAGUAAAUUUGAAGGAAUGCUAUGAAUAUGGGAUUCGACCUAAAUAAAGGUGGUGAGGUAUUUUAAGUGCUGUCUGUGAUCCCGCUUGUCGAGUGGUGUUAUCCACUGUUGACUGUUGUCAAGAGCUUGCUGUGUCCCUAAGACACGUUCUGGCAGAACUGGGUAUUCAGACUACCCCUCAGACAGGCUUUCUCUGCAAUUGUGACGUGUGUACCUCAGAUCCAAGGGCGGCGUUACCAAACAUUGAGCCUCAUACUGAGAACAUUAUUCUCUUUUUAGUCCUUUGGUUGAGACAAGGCCAGUCUCAGCUGGUGACAGUACGUAUUUAUCAGCCCUCUUACCUAGCGUUUUUUUUUUGUUGUUGUUGUGUUCUUGACAUAUUCCACUUGAAACGAGUACAGUGCUAUACAACCAGCAUUUUUAAAAAGAAAUGGAAUCAGGGAUUAGAAAAUAUCAGCGCACAUUACAUGUAGUAUUGUAAGUAUUGUUUUAUGAAACUUGUUUCAUUGUGUAUAUAGAAGUAUACUAGGUUUUGCUCUAAAAUACAUUUCUUUUUGAGGGGCAUGGUAAAAAAAAAAGAUGAAAAAUGCUACUUAACUACAGUUUUUCUUUUUUGAAAGAGCAGGCUCAUAACUUUCAGGCAACUGAAAUUUUGUACAAGACUUUUUAUUUUUGUUUGCUCUGUGUUUUUAUAGUUACCUUCUGAUUAAGACAAGCGAUUGGUAUAAAGUGCUUUUUAGUUUCUGUGGGUAAUAAAGGUAAGUUGAUUUAUAUCAAA